AUGGGUACUGGUUGGGAGUUGACGAAAGCUUUAAAGGAGAAAAUAUUUCAGUAUGCUAUCUACAACCAAACACCUAUAUCGUUACGACAAAUGGUGCAGUUUGGCCCUACACCUUCCCCAGGGUCGAUAUUUCUUGCAUCCAAAUUCAUCGUUGAAGAGUUGCCGAUAAGAUUAGCUAAAAAGGUUAAAGAUUUGGAGUAUGCACCAUUAGGGUUGAAUGAAAGUCCAUCAACGAUAAAAGUAAAAGAUUGGUAUGCUCAGUCAUUUCAGGAGUUGACCGAGUUACCAAAACCAAAGAUUGAUGAGAAUUUAAAAAAGUUGUUGUAUAGUAAUAACGGCAAUAGCAACGGAUUCAAAGUUGACGAUCUCGACGACCAACCAAAUAUUCAAAAAGAAGUCCACAAAAUAUCUGAGGUGCAGGAGGACAACCCAGCUAUCAAUAACAUAUUCAGCGAUGAUGGUAUAGUGGUUCGGCAUCACCAUCACCAUCAAAAUUCUGAUCAAACUAAACUGCCCACAAUUACUAAAACGAGGAUACCGUCGAAGGACCAAGAGAAUACUACUAUACGAAGUGAAUCGCCCACCUAUGGUAUGACCUAUUUUCUGCCUUGUCCCACAAAUAUCGUAUGGCCAAAAGAAGUCUACGCGUACAAUAAAUUGGUGUUUGAAACUUUGGAAAAGAUUAAAAAGAGACAUGAUGCUACGGUAGCCACCAUGGCUCAAGGAGUUCAAGAAUGGAAAGCUAAAAAUAAAACUGUUUUUGUCAAUUCACAGAUUCAAACAUUUCUCGAUCGGUUCUACAUGUCCAGAAUUGGAAUCCGUAUGUUGAUUGGGCAACAUUUAGCAUUAAACAUGGCACAGAACUCACCAACAAAACAGCGGUUACUGAAGUUGAUUAAUGGGUCGGAAGGUUCAACAAAGAAACCCGGUAGGUCAAACUAUGUUGGCGUCAUUUGUACUGAUUGCAAUGUGGGAGAAAUUGCGGAAGAUGCAAUUGAGACUGCCAAGUACAUUUGUGAAGAAUUUUAUGGAUUAUUCGAGGCACCAGAGAUACAGUUGGUUGCUCCUCAACAGGAUAUCAAUUUCAUGUAUGUACCUGGGCACUUGAUUCAUAUGUUGUUUGAAACUUUAAAGAACUCAUUGCGUGCAACUAUUGAAUUCCACACGCCAAAGUUGAAACAAAAGUAUGUUGAGGAGAAUCCGGGAACAAAAUUAGAUGAAGUAGAUAUUAACGAUUUGGAAUACCCUCCUAUCAAAGUCAUUAUAUCUGAAGGUACCGAGGAUAUUGCCAUAAAAAUCUCUGAUGAAGGUGGUGGUAUCCCUCGUUCGUCAUUACCCUUAAUCUGGACAUAUUUGUACACGACUGUGGAUGAAACACCCAAAUUGGAACCAGAGUACAGUCAAACUAGCUUUAAAGCACCAAUGGCUGGCUUUGGUUAUGGAUUGCCCAUCAGUCGUUUAUAUGCUCAGUACUUUGGAGGUGAUUUGAAAUUAAUCUCAAUGGAGGGCUAUGGAACUGAUGUAUAUUUACAUUUGAACCGGUUGAGUAGUUCGAAUGAGCCGUUGCCAUGA